AUGGCCGAGUCGGCCGACUCGGACCAAGACGCCGACGACUCGAGCGCCUCCACCUUUGCCGAAGAGCUCUCGUUCUCAUCGUCGACCGACCCCGAGCUCGACGCUUGGCAUCGUGCCUUUGCAUCUCCUCUGGAGCAGUCCGAGUCGGGCCCGGCGGCUGUGCCGGCCCUGGUCCGCCCGGGCUCGGCACUGGCUCUUGCCUCGCGCCGUUCGCUCCGCCACAAAGUCCGCCCGCGGACCACCACCUCGCGUGCAGACAACUGGUUUGAUCCUGUGCCCCAGCUUCCGCUUGAUGCCAUGCGUCUGGGUGCCCGCCGCGAUGAGCCGCUCGCCACUGUGGCGGCGCGCUCAGUCCUGGCGCUGCGGGUUGGCGAGUUUGGCGCCGUUGCUGGCGAUGCCGCCUACAACCGCAUGCAUACACUCCUCAAUCCGUCGUCCUCUUCCCACGGCUUCUGUCACUCUGCCGAUCCACUCGUCGAGUCAGCGUACUGGGCCAACGACUUUUCCAGCGCACCGCUGACGGUUUGCGCCAAAGGCACUGACUCUGUCGACGCUGCUGUCGAUGCCUGCCGCGCCGCUCUUGAGAAGCAUGGUGACCAUGGUCUUGACUCCGUGCUGGUCACCUACGAGCUUGGCUCGUGUGCUGCCUUUCUGCCUCUCUUUAAUCAAGUCACCGACGAGAUUUCGCCGUCGGUCGUCGUCGCCGCCACUCUGCCGCCGGCCAGCCAUCUUGCUCACGCUCCGCUGCCGCACGCCCACGUCCUUGCACUUCACGAGCUCUCCCUCAUUGCUGCAGCCACCGACUUUGCUCUUGUCACAGAUGCAGACGUUGUCCUCCGAAGAGUCGGUCGCAACGCGUCCAAAGCGGCAGCCGCCCGGGUCGUCGGUCGCGCCCUCGCCUCGGUCGCCAUCAACGCACCACCGAUCCAGUGGCGCGACCUCUCGCUCCGGUCCGGAACCUCGCAUCAGCGGCUUCCGCUGUACUCGGUUCAUUAUGCGCAGCUUGGCAAGCGACACCCACACAUCGAGCAGCUAAUCCCGCGUGUCUUCUCGCCGUCGUCCUCACUUGCCACCGCGCUGAGCGAUCCGCGCCGCCUCGACACGGACAUGCUCCUCUCUGCUGCAGUCUAUGCCUCGGGUCUCUCGUCGCGUGCCACCCACGACGUGCACCGGUCACUGCUGGAUCCUAUCGGCUCCCAGUGUCGGCUCCACGCCGAUCCUUCAUGGGCCAUGGCUCGAGGCACCUCGGUUGCACUCCUUGUCCACUCGGCAACGUCGAAGAAGCUCCCAGCGGCGGUCACGCUCCUGGCUGCUCACUCGGGCAUCGGCGCAACGCUUCUCAGUCGUCUCAGGCGGUUCGAUGCUGCGCUCGACGCGAACGCUUUCCUUCAUUGGCUCCCUUCAUAUGUCGAGCUUGACGACCUACACGACACUCGAGACGACGUCGCCGACGCCGCCGCCGCGUAUCAUACCCUUGGUGAGACCCUCUCUCCAGCCCCUAACACGCCGGUCGAGUACUCGGCCAAGGCCUGGUGAGUUCCACUAAAGAAAUGCGUCCA